GGGGACCAUGGACAUUCGCCACUUCUUCUCUGGAUUGACCAUUCCCGAUGGGGGCGUGCAUAUUGUAGGGGGUGAACUGGAUGGCCGCGUGCGGAUCUCGGAUGGAGCGGUCUGUGGCCUGCCGGGGCCUCCUCGACGGAGACCUGCGCUCCAGGUCGGACCCCCUCUGCGUCCUGCUGCAGGACGCGGGCGAUGCCCGGUGGGCUGAGAUGACACAGAAAAAAUCAAGAACUGCCAAGACCUGAAUUCUGCUGGUUGUGAAAGAAAGAAACUGGUUGUGGACUACUACUUUGAGAAAGUGCGGAAGCUGAAAUUCAGUGUGUAUGACAUUGAUAACAAGUCCUUUGAUUUAAAUGAUGAUGACUACUUGGGAGGGAUUGAGUGCACACUGGGACAGAUCCAGCUCUUCUAACACUGUCCAGCUCAGUGUUACCCGACUGCUGGAACUGAAGCAGGGAAAGCCAGCAGGAAAGGGCACUAUUAUGGUAGAGAUUUCAGCAGAGGAGAUUAAGGAUACCAGGGUUGUACACCUGGAAAUUGAAGCCCAAAACUUGGACAAAAAGGUGGAAUAUGAAUGCCUUCAUCCUGAGAAAAAACAAAAUAAAAACAACUACAAAAACUCUGGCAUUAUUAGGAUAAAAUCCUGCAAGAUUGAGACAGGUUAUUCAUUUCUGGACUAUGUGAUGGGAGGCCAGAUUAACUUUAUGCAACAAGCUGUUUUCCUGCAUUUGGGUUUGGAGCUCAGGUUCCUCCUAGCUGGCAGGGAUCCAAGGAAUAGUGGAAGACUACUGCCAGAUUCUGCCUCUGAUGCGACUCUACGGGCCAACCAACUUCUCUCCUAUUAUAAACCACAUGGCAAGGUUUGCAGCACACUUGCUGCAACAAGGAACUACUGCAUACAGAGAAUAUUGGAAGUGCACAAUGAAAAUCAUUAGGCAUAGGAGAAAAUGCGAAUGAAUCAAUACUUUACCUUGUUGAUCAUCACAGAUGGAGAGAUCACUGAUCUAGACCAAACUAGGCAAGCCAUUGUUAAUGCCUCUAAGCUGC